AUUUAUAAUUUGUUUCAAAAUUCCAUAAUCCAUAUGAUAAUGACGUUUUACUGUGUCUGUGUUUGAGGUUAUAUUUUGCAUUUAUUUUGAUUUAGUAAUAUAUAAAAACAAUACUGAAACAUGGAGGUUGGGGCUGUUAAACAAGCUUUUAACAACGAGAUUAUUCUGCUCAAAAAGAAUUUGAACCAAGCAAAAAUACAAACAAUACAUAAGCUGACGAGGAAGGCAAAGACUUUAACUGAUAAAAAAGGCCCAGAGGCUCUUAAAGAUAAACAGAAAAGAAAAGCGGAGUCUGCAGUAAGAGAAGUGCUCAUUAUCAAGAAAAUUAAAGCAAGAGAUAUAGCAAGAUUCAUUGUGACUCAUACUGGAAAUCUAAAUGAAUAUUUAAACAAACCAGUUGUAGAUGAAAAUAAAGCAUGUGCUCGGUUACUUCUACACAAAUCAUUGCAAGAGAAAUACAAACAUAUCAGGGAAAAGUUCAUAAAUAUAUCAAUAAAGGACCUAUUUAUGUCGAGGCAAGAAAGAAAAAAUCUUAAAAAAGAGGAAAGAGAGAAACAGAAGAAUAAAAAGAAAGGAAAAAAUAAAUCGAAUACUGUUCAUAUUGAAGGUGAAUGGGAUGUAGAAAACACAGACAAAAGUAAAGAGGCAUUCAAAAAAGGAACACUUAAAGGUGAUAAAUCAGAAUAUGAUGAAGCAAUUUCUGAGGAUGAUGAAAAAUCUGAAAAUGAUGGAAGGACAAGUGAAAAUAGUAGUACAUUAAGUAAUCAAUCUGAUACAGGCAACCACUCUGAUGCGGAUGACCACUCUGAUGCAGGUGACCACUCUGAAGGAGGUGACCACUCUGAUGCAGGUGAUCCAUCUGAUGAGGAAGUGGACUCAAAUAAAGAGUUUAAUGUUGAAGACAAAGAUAGUGACUCUGAUGACACUAAAGAUAAGAAAAUAUCAAAGAAAGUUAUGAAAAAUGAUAAUAAGAAUAAAAUAGACUCAUUUAAACCUAAUAAAGAAACUUUUGAAUUAAAAAUCAAUGGAAGUAAAAAGAUAUCUGAAGACAAAAAUAAAAAGGUAGAUAAAAGAAUCAAGGAUAAUAAGAAUAAGAAUUUAAAUGAGAAAUUACAUAAAAGAAAAUUCAAUAAAGAAUCUGAUGAUUUCUCUGAAAAAGUAACGAAAAUUGUAGAUCCAUUUUUUGUAACUUCCACUGGUGAAAAUUAUAUGUCACUUGUAGAACCAAGGAAUCCUGAUGAAGUUAAAGAAGUUCAUAAAGAAGGUAACAGGAAAUACAGAAGAGCAGUAAUGUUUGGGCAUGUACCAAAAAUAAAACCUAGGAAAAACAAUUAUCAAUCUAAUAAUAGUUCUAACAAAUAUGACAAUUAUGAAAACAACAAAUCUAGCAACAAAAACAAAGAAUUCGGAAAUAGACAAAAUAAUUUAAAACUGCAUGAAGAUAGAGGACACGAUAAGAAAGAAGAAGUCCCGGAAAAAUUACAUCCUUCAUGGGAAGCUAAGAAAAAGCAGUCAGGUCUAUUACCUUUUACGGGUAAAAAAAUUGUAUUUGAUUAAAAUAAAUAAUUUAUUAUCUUAAAU